AUGUCUGCCCCACAAGCUAAGAUUUUGUCUCAAGCUCCAACUGAAUUGGAAUUACAAGUUGCUCAAGCCUUCGUUGAUUUGGAAAACCACUCUCCAGACUUCAAGGCUGAGUUGAGACCAUUACAAUUCAAAUCUAUUAAAGAAGUUGAAAUUGCUGGUGGUAAGAAAGUCAUUAUCAUUUUCGUUCCAGUUCCAAGUUUAGCUGCUUACCACAAGGUUCAAGUUAAAUUGACCCGUGAAUUGGAAAAGAAAUUUUCUGACCGUCACAUCAUCUUCUUGGCUGAAAGAAGAAUCUUGCCAAAGCCAGCUCGUCGUUCUAGAAAGACCCAAAAGAGACCAAGAUCUAGAACUUUGACUGCUGUCCAUGACAAAAUCUUGGAAGACUUAGUUUUCCCAACUGAAAUUGUCGGUAAGAGAGUUAGAUACUUAGUUGGUGGUAACAAGAUUCAAAAAGUUUUGUUAGACUCCAAAGAUGUUCAAAACAUUGAUUACAAAUUAGAUUCUUUCCAAUCUGUUUACAACAAAUUGACCGGUAAACAAAUUGUUUUUGAAAUUCCAAGUGAAACCCACUAA